AUGGCGAAAAAGUUCCUCGGCCUUCGGGGCAACGCCCUCAACUGGGCGGUCAGCACUGUCGCCGGUUGCGACUUCCUCCUCUUUGGUUAUGGUGGGUUCCUUCACCGCGACAUGGCUCCACAUACACGCCACAUACCACAAGCCACAAGUUGCACUGACACACUGCGUCGCUUUACAGAUCAAGGCGUCAUGGGCGGCAUCUUGACGCUCAGUAUCUUCUUGGAACAGUUCCCCAUAAUCAACCCUGACUCGGUUGGCGGCGCAGAGUCGUCGCGGCGGUCGACUUAUCAGGGCAUUGCCGUGGCGUCGUACAAUCUUGGCUGCUUCCUGGGCUCUGUCGUUACCAUCUUCAUCAGUAACCCUCUUGGCCGCAAGCGCAUGAUUAUGCUCGGUACUUCCAUCAUGGUCGUCGGUGCUGCGCUGCAGUCGUCGGCUUUUUCGAUUGAACACUUUAUCAUUGGUCGCAUCAUCACGGGCUUCGGAAACGGCUUUAACACAUCGACGGUCCCGACAUGGCAAUCUGAAAUCUCACGUUCACACAAGCGCGGCAAGCUGGUCAUGGUCGAGGGCGCUCUCAUCACGUUCGGCAUCAUGAUCAGCUACUGGAUAGAUCUGGGCCUGUCGUUUGCGCCCGGGUCCGUGGCCUGGCGGUUCCCGCUGGCGUUCCAGAUUGUCUUCUGCAUUUUCAUUCUAAUAUUCAUUCCUUUCCUGCCCGAGUCGCCCCGGUGGCUGAUUCUCAAGGGCCGUGAGGACGAAGCGCUGGAGGUUCUCGCCGCCCUCAACGACAAGGAUGUUAACGACCACGCGGUGCACAACGAAUUUGCUGAAAUCAAGGACACCGUACUGGAAAUGUCCAAGGGCACCUUUGCCUCACUCUUCGACUACAAGGGCCGCGACCGCAACCUGCACCGCACGAUCCUCGCCUACACCAACCAGGUUUUCCAGCAAAUCAGCGGCAUCAACCUCAUAACGUAUUAUGCGGCUGUCAUCUACUCAAAGCUGGGAAUGUCUCCGUUCAUGUCACGGCUUCUGGCUGCACUAAACGGCACGGAAUACGCCAUCGCAUCGUGGCCUGCUUACUUCCUUGUUGAACGCGUUGGUCGUCGCAAGCUGAUGCUGUUCGGCGCGGCUGGUCAGGCGAUCACGAUGGCGAUCCUGGCGGGCGUCAACGCACACACGGAAGGCAACAAGGGCGCCCAAAUCACAGCCAUUGUGUUUUUGUUUGUCUUUAACACAUUCUUUGCCGUUGGCUGGCUCGGCAUGACGUGGCUGUACCCAGCCGAGAUCACCUCCCUCCAGACACGCGCACCCGCCAAUGCCCUCUCGACGUCUGCCAACUGGAUUUUCAACUUCAUGGUGGUCAUGAUCACACCCGUGUCGUUCAACAACAUCGGCUACCAGACGUACAUUAUCUUUGCCGUCAUCAACGCAUUCAUGUUCCCGUGCGUGUACUUCUUCUACCCGGAGACGGCGUACCGGUCGCUUGAGGAGAUGGACAACAUCUUCCACAAAGUCACCGGCUGGCGCGGUGUGUUCACGGUCGUCAAGGUGGCGCGCGAGGAGCCCCGCCGGUACGACAAGAACGGCCAGGCUCUCAUCGACUAUGAGCAGACCGCCGAGCACUUGGAGCACCUCGGCCAGCAGCGUCCAGGUCAAAGUGAGCAACCGACGUGGGGCGGCAGCGGGAGCGGCAACGGGAGCGAGGAGAAGCCGAGCGACAAUCAGCAGUAA